GUUCCAGUUAGGUCGAGUUGAGAAGCGACGGGAGGACCCAGCUCCAUCAGCUCCAGCUUACCAUACCUUAACUGGUAGCCCAUCCAUCUCAUCACUCCUCUUCGCAGCACAUCUCUCAAGCUGCAACUUUUGCUUCCCUCAAAGACGACUUUUUUGACGAUCGAUACCCCAACGACGAGGCUGAAUACAGCUCAUUUUUGCUUUCGCUUACCCGCUUCAUCAAAGUCAACAACAGAUAUAAACAUGGCUGACACUGGUCUUCCUCCGGGCUGGGAGGUCCGACACUCCAACUCCAAGAACCUCCCCUACUACUUCAACUCUGCCGAGAAGCUCUCACGAUGGGAACCUCCCUCCGGCACCGACACCGAGAAACUUAAGCAUUAUAUGGCUACUAACCACAGCGCCGGCUCUCGUCCCGGUGCCGUCGCUGGUGUUCCCGAGGGCAAGAUUCGCGCUGCUCAUCUACUAGUCAAGCAUCGCGACAGCCGACGACCCAGCAGCUGGAGAGAGGCUGAGAUUACGCGCACCAAGGAGGAGGCUCUUGAGAUCAUCCAGGACCACGAGCAAAAGAUCAAGUCUGGUAGUAUCACACUUGGUGAGCUCGCUCUCACCGAAUCCGACUGCUCUUCUGCCCGUAAGCGAGGCGACCUCGGAUACUUUGGCAAGGGAGACAUGCAGAAGGAGUUUGAAGAUGCUUCCUUUGGCCUCCAGCCUGGCCAGAUGAGCGGAAUUGUGGAGACAGCUAGCGGCCUUCACUUGAUUGAGCGCCUGGAAUAAACUGAAAAGUAUAUAUAAUUGACAAAUUUUGUAAAUUGACAAAGCAGAG